CGCUACCUCCGCACACUGCAGUUGUCGCGGUCAGCGACAGUUAGAGUUCCUUUGCUGUUUAAGGUUCUUAUAAGCUCCGGUUCAUGAGUGUGUGCAGCCUUGUUGUCGCUACUGCGGUCGCUCUGUUCAGUCCCUGCUUCUGUAGUUUUGUUUUCGCUCUCAAGCUAAUUCUUUGCGUAUGAUUAAAUAUCUCUGUACUGGCCUAUGAAACCGAUAAGUUUUUUAAAAGUGAAAACACCGAUCUGAAUUGAUUGUAGGUUUUACUAUGUAGCGUUUGCCUGUUUUCUUGCUUCCCCCUCAUCAUCUCAUAAUCUUUAAACUAGUUUACGCAAAAGUAUCGAGUCGGAGCGUGUAGCCUAUUUGUAAUGGACAAUGUGGUUGGAUUCGUGUCGCAGAAUAACUAGCUGCUCGAAUAUUCUUAAAGUUUGUAUUGUGUGACAUACGCAAACAAAAGAGAGGCAUUACUUCGGUGGAACUCUGAAACAAGUUGUGGCGUCUAAUCUCUAGAUUUGAAGUAACAUAUGGCGUAAAGGGGAGCACAGCUGGAGGUAGCGUUUCCACUGCGGUGAUGUCAGAGCAGCUGACUCCACAGCUUGCAGUGUAAUUAGCAAACAGGGCACCAGUUUACUCACUCGCCUGCCUUUUCCCUAACCUUGCUCGAUGGGCAAGAGCUGGAGAUCGGAGAGCCUGCGUUUUUGUCGGGCGUUUAUGUGAACUCUGUGUGCGUGCGAGCCUGAUAAAUGAACGAUCUCUCAUUAAUGUCCGAUGAACACGAAGAGUUGAAUAGCGAACCUUUUUUGUCCGUGUGGUAGCGUGUAUACGACUGCUUGCACUCGCCUCGUCCUUUAUGCAAUUCCAUGGGAAGCGCAAAAAGUAGCGAUCAACUAAUCGGACUGUUGCAACACGAAGAGGAAGGUUAUGAAGGAAGAAUGGAGUUCCCAGACCAUAGCCGCCAGUUGCUGCAGUGCCUGAGCCAGCAGCGUCACCAAGGUUUCCUCUGUGACUGCACUGUUCUCGUCGGCGAGGCGCGUUUCAAAGCGCACAGAGCCGUGCUGGCCUCCUGCAGCAUGUAUUUCCACCUCUUCUACAGGGACCAGCUGGACAAAAGGGACGUUGUGCAUCUGAACAGUGACAUUGUGACGGCCCCAGCUUUCAGCCUGCUCCUUGAAUUUAUGUAUGAGGGGAAGCUCGAGUUCAACGCCCUGCCGGUGGAGGAUGUCUUGGCCGCUGCCAGCUACCUCCACAUGUACGACAUAGUAAAAGUGUGCAAAGGCAAGCUGAAAGACAAGGACCUGUCAACGCUGGAUGAGCGGCUGGGAGAGGGGAUGGGGAUGGCACUGGGCUGUCUGGACAGGGAGAGCUCCUCCGAUGGGGAGAUGCAGCACGGCAGCAACAACAAACAGGCGGCCGUGCGGCGGCAGACGCCACAGCAGCCUGCCCCGAGGGCCCCUCCGGCUGACGACUGUGACAUGGACAGCAGCGAGGGCCGGCUGGCUGUCACAGAUUGUGAUAGGUCCGCCGCGGCGGGCAGGCAGAAGGCGAACGGUCACCCCGCCAGGUCCCCGGACCUUGUAGGUGUCAAUUAUGUGUCAGCCGAGGCCGAGCCCUGCGUCCAAACAGCUGGAAAAACAAAAGCUGAUGUCAGUGGUUCCGCGGGUGCGCCCUCCCAGAGGUCCCGGGCGUCGGAUGACAUGGACUGCGCUCUGGAUUUGUCUUUCAAGCCUCUGCCGGCCUGCCGAGACGCCUUCCACCCCUCCCACGUCUCGGGACAGCUGGCCCUCGACAGCCAGCAGCAGGGCACUGAGCCACUUGUUAAAGACGAACAAGACUUGCUGUCAGAGCAGGGGGACAGUGAGCCGACGAGCCCGGAGAGCCAGCGCUUUGGGAAUAGCGCCAGGAGCGCGGUGGUGACAGGGUUCGCUGCCCUCUUCCCGAGCAACAACGGCUCCAACGCCACCCUGCUAUCCCCAGAGGAGGGACUGAUGGAGGGGGAGGGGGAGGAAGAGGACGACCUGGCGUCCUCGGACAUCUCCACGUCCAGCGGGGUCCUGCUGCCCCCGGGCCAGCAGGUGUGUGUGUGCCCACUGUGCAGCAAAGUCUUCCCCAGCCCGCACAUAUUGCAGCUGCACCUGAGCUCGCACUUCCGCGAGAAGGACGGCAUGCGCUCCAAGCUCUCGCCCGACGGCUCCGUGCCCACCUGCUCACUCUGCGGCAAGACCUUCUCCUGCAUGUACACGCUCAAGCGGCACGAGCGCACGCACUCCGGCGAGAAGCCCUACACCUGCGGCACGUGUGGCAAGAGCUUCCAGUACUCGCACAACUUGAGCCGCCACGCUGUGGUGCACACGCGCGAGAAGCCCCACGCGUGCAAGUGGUGCGAGCGGCGCUUCACGCAGUCCGGGGACCUCUACCGCCACAUCCGCAAGUUCCACUGCGGCCUUGUCAAAACCCUUGCCAUCGGCUAGAUACGGAGGAGUCUAAAACCGAUCAACACAAUAGAAAAACACACACACACACACACACACACACACCCAAACAAAACAAACAGAAAACAAAUAGCACUUGUGCCAUGACAAUAUCAAGACAAAAACUGUCUUUGUAUACACUCUAGACUACUAGAGACUACUAGUACAGGUCUCUUUGAAUCUCCUGCUGUUGCUGCACCUCAAAAUGUACCCUAAUUUGAUGCACUGAGGGGCAUCCUUUUGCAUUACUGCUCAGCGAGGCUUUGCUAAUUUCAAAUGCACAUAAGUGUGUUUAAUUAGUGGUUGCCUACGGUGUUAAUCUCUCUCUCUGUUCGCCUGGGCGUCUGCAUGGUUGAAAUAAUAGACAAUUAAGGUAGUGAAGAGACUUAUGGCUCCUGACUCAUGAAAUAUACGUGUCACCUCUUUAUGCUGAAUGAACAAAAGUGCUGGAGGACUGGAUGCCCUCCCAUGAGCAGUGUGGGCCUCCUGAACUUGUUUAAAUCAGUUUUGUAUAUAUAAACACACUCUGAGCUACUGAGCAAUUGAUGCAACCUUUUUUCAGAGCAGCAGAACUUUUAUUUUUGUUUUGGCCAGCCUACACUCUCAAUCUUUACACGAGUCCAAGCCUAGGAUCCCUCAACAAUAGACCUGCUUUAUACUUUAGACAGCUAAAAGUAUAGGAAGUUUGACGACUACGGAGUAUUUGUUUUGUUCGUUAGAAUGUUGGGAUGUGUCCAUUUUUUACAGGCUUUUGUUAGGACAUCAUAAAAGGAUUCUGUUAUUUAUAUGAUAGUAACUGUAUUUGCACCAGGACCAGAUUUCUUUGUUUUUGUACAUAUCUACUGGAAGAGGCGCAGAGGUUGUUUAAGAUGGAAGGGUAUUUAUCAGGACUGUCAUGUCACCCUGACAGCUCUUUGAAAGAUUUGUCUCUUAGACGCGCUGUAUUGACAUCCACUGCAGCCGACUGAACAUCUGUUGGAGGUGAAGUGGAAGACUUGGAGAGAAAUAUUUGUCAGGUUUUGUCAAGUAAAACAUGGCAACAAUCAACUCUCCAUGUCCACUUGAGCUCUCCUCCAGACCAUCAUGGAAGUUUUACUUUGCGUUCUACUGUAAUGGACAGAGAGGAGACGGCUGUCACCCGUGGCAUGCAUCUGGGCCCCAUUCGGCCCAGGUCCGUUCUAGUGUAGCCGUAGAUGACAGGGUGGAGCCCAGGACAGUGUGGUCUGUACUGUGACCAAGAUGGAUUGGGUGUGUCGCUGAUGGACACACAGAUGAGUAAAGUGUUGCAAGACCCCAAGCUUGCCUGUGAAGUGCUGUACUGUACUGCACUGUACUGUAGAUGAGGACAUCUCACAGGACAAGACUGUCAGUUCAGAUGGGUUAACUCUCAGUGGCAUCUCACUUAUCCUACUGAAUGGGUCAGACUUUUUUUUUGCUGUUUUCUUUUGUUUUUCUUUCAAUCACUCCCUCUUUCUUUCUGUCUCUUCAUCCCUUUUGUGUAGUGGGUGAAUGUGAAACAAGAUCAGGCAGGAAGCUGAAAGUGAUUGCAGUCAAUAAUUUGACUGACUGGGUCUUUGGUGUUUAAACUCUUAGAAGGUUGUUCGCUUUUCUUUUUAAAAUCUGGUUUCUACUUGAUUCGGACAUAGCAUAUACUGUAUGGAUCGGCAUGAAAGCAGGUAGCACUAAAAAUCCAACUUCUGUAUGAUUUCAUCUCUCCUGAGAAAACUUGAUUAGGGUUAUUUAUUAGUGUUUUCUUUUUUUUUGGUUCAGGGUUUUAUUAUCCAUUUAAUUCUUGAAGUUUUUAGAGGGCUGCUUUCUUUUGCUGGUACUGUUUCGGUUGUUAACUGGGGUCAUUUCAACCUUAUAUCGCAGGUGUAGUUACUGUUUAUGUUCACAAAGUGAGAUUCUGUAACAUUUGUCUCCAAUGUUAAAAAAAAAAAAAACCUGAAGCUAUCUUAAAUGAAUUUUUUUCUCACAAGAUACUGAGAAGCACUUGUUUUGAGCAGACAUACUGUAGUUUUGACACUGAUUCUAUGUAGGCUGCUAUUUCUAACUAUUUGUAUAUUUAAUGUAAAUAUGUAUUUUAUUUAUCAAAAUAAUUUUUUGUAUGUGUCGGACACAAGCUGAGUUGAGAAAAAAAAAAGAUGCCUCUCAAAAUGACCUUUUUGCAAUCCUUUAAGUCUAAGGUUUUUUUUUUUACUCAGAUUUGUUUGUCCUUCUUGAGAGGUCCUCUCUCGUUUAUGCCUUGAUUUGGUUGAUGAGCUGCGCAGAGUGGCGUGCAGCUCUCUGAACUACUUAUUUUGCCUUUGUGUGAAGGACAUGGUGUUUUCUUUGGUGCUAACACUCCAAUGUUCCACCGAGAGCACCCGCAGGAAAGAAAUCAAACGAAUUGAACUUCUGUUCGCUCUACUGUUCAUCUCCUGUCCCGGGGAUUUAACCCUGGAGGAUUGUGUGUCUUCCCCCACUCUAGCUCUAUACUGAAGCAGAAUCGAGUCUCGCAUUGCACUUUUUUUUUUGUAUUAACCAUUAUGCUGGUAUGUGAGUAAUGUAUGGAGGGAGAAUUUAUGCAGGUGCAUAGCGCAUGUCAGCGCAGAAGGAAAGGACUAAUGCAAAAGAGAGAGCACCGUUUGUUUCUGUUGUUGUUCCCUAUUCACACAGACAGGAUUGCACAACCACAUCCAUUUUUUUUGUUGCACAUGUACUUUCACAAGAGCCUCUGCAGAAUUGUAUUUUUUUUCUUUUAUGUGUUAGUACACUUAAGGAUCGGUUCAAACAUUGUGAUUUGGCUUUGUUGUAAUACUGAAGUAUUUGGUACAGUUUGUAUGCAGAGAAUGAAAAAAAAGGAUACCCUUCAACCACCACCAUCAACAUUUUUGUGCUUUGAAUGAACCGGUUAAUGUCUUGCCAUUUCAGGUGUGCGUGUUGUUUUUCUGGUCAGAACAAUCUCUUGAUUUCAAAUGAAUGUCACUGUAUAUGUAUCGAAUCCGAACAUGGAGGAAUGUAGUUUGUUUAACUCAAAAUGAGACAUCAUUUCAUGCAGCUCUUGUCGAGAGAUUGUAACCACCGUCGUCUUGAUGUAUGCAUUUUGCUAUUCUGAAGUGGUGGAAAUUACUACACAGUGCUAUUUCUCCUUUUUGUGCAAAACGAAUGCAAUUCUAUUUAUAUUUCCAGAAUCAUUUGACCGCAUUCAUGCCUUGUUGACACAAGGUAGACAAUAUAUUCACCCAACCCUAUCGAAAGCCCUCUGUGGUUCUUCAAUGUCAAAGACCGUACACAUACAUACUGUUUAUAGUGGUUAAUAGCCCCAAAAGUCCUAACUGAUGGCUGUCGCUUCAAAUUGCUGAGGUAAAAAGUGACAAUAUUACAAACCACUGCAGCGACCAUAAUUUGGUCACUAUUCCUUCUCAUUCGCUUUGUGUAUGGGUUGGGUUUUAAGAGAAACACCAGCAUGAACAUAAUCACAAGAGUGAACGUUAUGCAUUGAAAGUCCUGUGGUUCUGGAAGUGCAUUACUUGUGCGCGCUUACUAGGUGCCGGACGUGGUGAAUACGAGACAUUGACGUUUAGGUUUGGAGGAAAGACCUCCUCUUUCGACUGCAUGGAUGUGUGACUCUGAAAAUGUACUACAGGUUCAGACUGUGAAAUUGUGUAUAAUCAAAAAUAUUUAUUGAUUCCUUGUGCAAAAUUUUACUGUAUCUCACAAUUUUGACUUGUAAAAUGAAAGAUACUACUAAAUACAGAACUUUUUUCAUAGACUUUGUAGAAGUGCCAUUAGAUUUAAUAUAAUUUUUUAAUAAAGGUAUAUUUUAUAGGAAUCAAAUGCUUCAGUGAUAGUGCUUUAGAAACCAUAGAAGACAAUCUCCUUGAUUUGACACUUGUUAGAUUUUGAUGAUCUGGAAUUUUGUGUGCUUUUUUGUUAGCUCUUUUGAUGUGUGCCUGUGUGUGUGUGUGUGUGCUGUGAAGAUGUGACAAUCUCGAUUUAGGUCUUUUAUUUAGAAUGUGAAUACAUUAAAAGAUAAUUUUCUGUGA